AUGCGAGUUUGUCUCCUUCUGCUGCUGCUCCUGCAGCAGCUGCUGCAGCACCAGCAGCAGGGAGCAGCAGCGGUUCCUAGCAGCGAAUGCAGGAGCAGCAGCAGCAGCAGCAGCAGCAAUCAGCCACCGCUAUGUGCAAGGCCGCAAGAUAUACAUAUCCACCACCACGACCAGCAGCAGCAGCAACUGCAGCAGCAGCAACUGCAGCAGCAGCAACAGCAGCAGCAGCAACAGCAGCAGCAGCAACAGCAGCAGCAGCAGCAACAACAGCAGCAGCAGCAGCAGCAACAGCAUCAGCAACAACAGCAGCCCCAAGAACAGCAGCAGCAGCAGACAUACAAGCGUCUUGUUGAUGCAUCUAAACACUACAGCAGCAGCAGCAGCAACUACACCACCAGCAGCAACACCAACACCACCACCAGCAGCAGCAGCAACAGCAGCAGCAACAGCAGCAGCAGCAGCAGCAGCAGCAGCAGCAGCAGCAGCAACGUGGUGAGUUAUAAGAGUCUUAAAGGCGAUCCUUUUUCUGUUGUUUUCUCUGAUGGCAAAUUUCUUAUCAACAACAACCCCACCUUUUUAUUUGCUGCAGGUCUAUCUCUCCCUCUAAACCCUUUUUCUCCUCUGCAAAUUCGCCGCUUAUUAAUCGCCAUUCGUGAUGGAGGGUUUAAUGCAGUUAAGCUUUCUAUAUCAUGGAGAGCGCAUGCAGUGGGGCCCUUUACAUUUAAUUUUAGGGGUUAUCUAAAUAUAAAAGGAAUAAUUUCUUUAGCAGCAGCAAUUGGUCUUUUUGUAUUAAUAGAGGGUUUGCUGCCAGGGGAUUUUGCUGCUGCUGCUGCUAGCAGCAGCAGCAGCAGCAGCAGCAACCGCAUGCAGCAGCAACAGCAGCAGCAACAGUUGUUGCUGCAACAGCAGCAACAACUGAAACAGCAGGAGGUUCCUCCAUGGAUUUCCCAUUCGCUGACGGUUCCUUGGGGCUCACCAGAGGCAGAGGCUCAUCUGCUGCUGCAUGCGCAGCGAUGGCUAGCAGCUCUGCGUACAUACUUGGGGCCCUUGGGGCCCAAUGAAGGGGGCCCCCUAAUUGGUUUGGUACUGCGUGGGGGCCCCUCUGUAGAGCGGCUGCUGCAGCAGCCUCUGUACCUCAGCAGCAGCAGCAGCAGCAAAGACAGCAAAGACAGCAGCAACGGCAGUGGUAGUGUUGAUGUACCUCGAGGCCUGAACGUACCUGCUCAGGGAAGCAGCAGCAAGGAAGACAGCAGCACCAGCUGCAGCAGCGACAGUAGCAACUGCAACGACGGCAGCAGCAACAGCAGCAACAGCAGCAGCAGCAAAGCAGAUAGGCGGCUAUUAACCCCAGAAGAAAGGCGUAAAGCUGCGUCUGCAGCAGCUGUUGCCGCUGCAGCAAAGCAGCAACAGCAGCAACAACAACAACAGCAGCACGAACAGCAACAGCAGCAGCAGCAGCAACAGCAACAGCAGCAGCAGCAGCAGCAGCAAGUAGUAGCAGCAACUCUGUGGGGUGAGCUGGAGGCAUUUGGGUUACUUUUAUUAGCUGAGGGUUUUGCUUCAAUUCCUCCAUCAGCAAUACCUGCAACUUCUGCUGCUGCUGCUGUUGCUGCUUCUGCUGGUAGGAGCAGCAGCAGCAGCAGCAGCAGCAGCAGCAAUAGCAGCAGCAGCAGCAGACCCUGGGGAUUCGGUGUGGGAUUGUGGAGGCAGCGUGAACCCUCUAAUCCUUCUCCAGCAGCAGCAGCAGCAAGAGCGGCAACAGCAGCAGCAGAAACAGCAGCAGCAGCAGCAGGAGAUAAUCUAAGGUGGCUAUCAAGCAGCAAGGGGGGCCCCACCCCCUUACCCGUAUUGGGUAUUGCUGCUGUGGGGGGGCCCCCGCCUGAUUGGCAUCUUCUCUAUAAGGAAGAGGGGCCCCCUGGAGCUCAUAGUAAGACCCUACUGGAGGGUCCUCGGCAACAACUCAAAACCCUCGCGGGAGUGGAGGCAAUUGAGAUACAAAAUCUACUUAUUGCAUGCAGCAAUCCAGCACAGCAGCAGCAGCCUACAGCAGCAACAACUGCAGCAGCAGAGGAAGAAACAGCAGCAGCAGCAGCAGCAGCAGCAGCAGACCAGCGCACUGUCCUUCCUCCUUACACAUCCGCAAGUUCGCAUUUGCUGUUUAUUGGAGUUGCUGAACAACAGCAGCAGCAACAGCAGCAACAGCAACAGGAGCAGCAAGAGCAGCAGCAACAGGAACAGCAGCAGCAGCAGCAGCAGCAGCAGCAAGAAGAACUGCUGCAGCAGGAUGUCAAGAUAUUGGCAGCCACAGACGGGACUGUUCUCUUCCAACCCCAGGUAGUGUUGGCGUCCCGACGUGACAUUCAACCAUUCAGCAGCAAACAAAAACAACAGGAGCAACCAGCAUUCUGUUUGCCUCCUGUUGCUGCUGCUGCUGCUGCAGCAGCAGCAGCAGAUGCAGCAGAUGCAGCAGCAGCAAUGGCGUUAGCAGAGCAGCCGGUGCUCACGGAGCCUCUUUGGAUUACACAAGGAAAAACCAAAGCUGUCUGGGUGUAUCUGCAACUCAGCAGCAUCGCGACUCCCCCCGUGCCGCUGCAGCUGCAGCACAGCAGCAGCAGCAGAAGCAACAGCAGCAGCAGCGGUUUACGCUUGCUGGAGGUCCGCCGCAGCAAGCGGCAGCAGCAGCAGCAGGUGUUGCUGCUGCUACUGUCUGGCGGUGUGCUGCUGCAGCAGCAACUACUGGGGCCGUCGCCCCCCGCUAAGGAUUCUUUUGCUGCGCUGCUGCCUCCAGCAGCAGCAGCAGCAAACCUGCAGCUCAUCAGCAUAGCGCUUAACGCGCCGCCUAUGUCGUUGGAGUCUCCGAGCAGCAGCAGCCUGUGGGGCCGCUUGCUGCAGAUGUGGAACAAAGGACGCCAGCAGCAGCAGCAGCAGCAAGAGCAGGAGCAAGAGCAGCUGCAGCUGCAGCAGCAGCAGCAGCAGGUGAUGGUGCAAACAACCGAAGGAGAGUUAGGAGAAGCAGCAGCAGCAGCAGCAGCAACAGACAGCACUGGUUUACCAAUGCAGCAGCAAGAGAAGGAUGCAUCUGCAGCAACAGCAGCAGAAGGAGCAAUAGCAGCAGCAGCAACACCAGCAGCAGCAGCAGCAGCAGCAGCAGCGCUGCUUAGUCCUGAAAUAUUCAUAGAUGGAGUACCAGUGGAUGCAAAAGACCUAACGGUGCGUCUUGGCUCUCUUUUGCCGCUGUGGUUUACAAAACGCGACAAGCAAAUAGAGGAGGCGCCACAACCACUUAAACGGUACACUUUGCUCUUCUUACUACCACAGCGGCACCUACAUAACGCAAAGUAUACUCUGCAUCUCCGCCCGCCUAAGUCAGGUCGAGGAGGACUAUCUGUUGGUGCUGCAACACUCAAUGGUAACCCGCUUGGUGAGUACGCCGUGCCCUAUAGCGUCAUUGAAGAUGGAGAGAAAGAAGCGCAAAUGAUUAUUCCCCCAGACUUCCUAGUAGAGGGCGUCAAUAUACUCAGCCUAAUGGAUGUAUUAGGAGGAAACCCUGAAGGUGUUUUUAUUCGUGAAGAAUUAUACGAAGACGCUGCACAGCAGCAGCAAGUUGCUGCUGCUGCAUCUAGUUGGCAAACAGCAGUUGUGCUGCUGCUGCUGUUUUUCCUUGCUGCCCUUUUGGUCCUGAUCCUAGCAAGAGCAGCAACAAGGAAGAGAAGAAGUUCUCUUCUUCUUGCUGCUCUUAUGCAAGUCGUAAACCCUGAUGAUUUUGCAAGUCCUCAACAUUCUCCUAGAUUAGCUCCUUGUCCUCUUCAUCCUAGCUAG